AAUCGUGACUCGGUGGACUGUCAAAAGUGUCUUUCAUCAGCAGCUCGCGUAAGAAAAGAAAAGAAAAAAGUCGAGGAGCUGGCAGAGUUUGCUGCGCGACGAUCUUCCUUUGGUGGCUGACCGAAAAGUAAAUAAAGUUUGUGUUCCCAGUACAGGGCGCGCAAUGUCGUUCGAUCGCUGCUUCUAGAAGACCAAAACCAGCUGCUGAGAGUUACAUUCGUCAUUCGUCGGGAAAAUAAAAGUGGUGACGACUUUCUAGGCUUCAAGGAUGGACGGUAAUUUGUGGUUGAUCGAGCUGGAGUCGGCACUGCUGGACGAUUGUACAGUGGAUGAUAUCUAUGCGAUAUGCCAGGGAAAGGCUAUUCCAGAGGCGCUACGGCCGGACGUGUGGCAGGUCUGCCUGGACGUUAGGAGUAAAAUGGACCAGCUUGCGCAGUUCAACGAGAUCUUUGACCUUCCGUUUCAAACAAAGCUCCGACGGGACUGUAACUGUUUCGUCGAGAAGCUAGGGAAUGAAGAGGAAGACAAGGUGGCGGUCGUUGCGGAUUUGGAGUCGAUUCUGACGUUCUACUGCAAGAAUAGAAAUCUGGUUUACGAGUCGAACAACGGGUGGGUUGAGUUGCUAUUGCCGUUGUUGUCGCUGAAACUGUUGCGGUCCGAUACUUACAAUCUGUUUGAGGCCAUCAGAGACACGUACAUUCCGAAGGGGUGCGUAAAGAAUGGGAAUGUGUUUCACAUCUUUCGACUGCUGCUGCAGUACCACGAUCCGGAGUUGUGUUCUAUACUGGAUACGAAGCGCGUUACGCCGGACACUUACGCCAUGAGCUGGUUCAACACGCUGUUUGCGUCAACGUGUUCGCUGCAGGUUGUGCUGGCUAUGUGGGAUCUGUAUCUGCAGCAGUCGGAUCCGUUUCUGGUGUUUUUCCUAAGCUUAAUCGUGCUAAUCAACGGGCGGGACCAGGUGAUCGCGUUGAAAAGUGCGUCCAAAGAGGAGCUGAUCAGCUUUCUAGUCAACAUGCCGUGCAACAUCGAAGCGGACGACGUGAUGGAUUUUUGUUCGCUGGCGCAAUAUUACUCGUUGAAGACGCCCGCGUCGUUCAAGCGUGACCUGUUGAAGGUACUUUUUGGCGUUCAGAGCAGCGCCGCAGAGGAGAAUGUCGUCUCGCAAGCCCUGUGUCUGCCAGUGUCGGUAAACGAGCUCGUCGAGAACGCUUCAACGAGCAGUGAAAACUCCAACCCAGAUGCGGUGCGCUUCUUCCUGGUCGACUGUCGUCCCGCGGAUCAGUACAACUCGGGUCAUCUCUCGACGGCGUUCCACCUGGACUGCAAUCUGAUGCUGCAGGAACCGGUAGCGUUUCAAACGGCUGUCCAAGGACUUCUACGCUCACAGAAGAACGCUAUCGAAGCAAAUUCAAAUGCAGGAGGAGAGCAUCUUUGCUUCCUCGGUUCUGGUCGGCUCGAAGAAGACCAGUACACGCACAUGGUCGUGGCUUCGUUCCUGCAGAAAAAUACCAAAUUCGUGUCAUUGCUCACCGGAGGCUACGAAGCUAUCCACGAGUACUUCGGAGACAACAUGAUCGACUGCUUGGAAGAUCACGAUCCCCUCAGCUGUCUGGUGUGCAACAAAGGUCAGGUCCAGUACGGCAAGAGCAUCAACAACAACGCCGUCAGCGGUGGCAACGGAAGCCUCAAACGAGCGGACAACCGCCGAAACAACAAUCCUCCACCGGAUCCAGCCGAACGCAAGCCAACAAUAGACCUGUUUAGCAAACUCUCGCUCGCGAUGAAGUCUAAAUCGGCCGAGGUCAAGGGCAAACUCUUCGAUUACAUCUCAAACCCAAACGCGACGGUCGCACCCGUCCCGGAGAAGCACGUAUCCCGUAACGAACGCAACGGUAAACGCUACCGAAACGUCGCGCCCGUCUUCAGCAUCGGCGAAGACCAGGACGACGAGUAUCUUCCCUCGGCAAGCUUCGAUGCGCCGCAACAACCCGCCGCUCAGCAGCCCGGCUCCAACACGGAAAACUCCGACGACCUCGUCUCGAUCCAGGCCUACCUCAAAGGACCGGACGUCAUUCGUUCCUUCAAGUGCCAAGAAGUUCACCUCAAUGGGUACAUGUACGACAGCUACCUGCUCGUAACGCCCACCCACAUCAUUGUGCUGCGCGAGCUCGACCGCAAGGACAAGGCGCGCGUCAUCGUGCGGCGACCGCUCCAGAGCAUCGUCAAAAUCACCGCAAAAAAGCGGCACCGCGAUUUGAUCACGUUCAAGUACGGCUACCCGGAGGAGGAGAACCUCGUCAUUACCGACAUGGACCGCUUUCUGAUACCGAACGCAAGCGACGCAACCGAGCUGAUUUCCAAGCAUAUCAUCAAGCAAACCUAGAGAAUCAGCCGGGCACUUAAUUGGUGAAUAGAAGCACCACGUGUACUUUCCCCCUCCUCCUCCUCGCGAUUGAUAGA